CCAACAUGUCUCUCCGCACAGCUGCCCUUGUAUUCACUAAUGACUUCAAGUCAGCCCUGCCUACCAUGACUCGUUCAUACGCUACCAAGGCUGCUGUCGUUCAUCCUCCUCGUCGUUCUUACCUUCACCAACAAUACCAGUCACUUGUUAAUGAUAACCGUGUUCUAUUCGUUUUCCAACACAAUAACUUGACUGUCAAGGAGUUUACCCAACUCCGCCAGGAACUGUCAUUGAUCGACGGUCCUUCCAAGUUGACUGUAGUGCGGUCAAGUGUGUUUGGGUCUGUGCUUCGUGAGACAAAGUUCAGCAAUCUACAGCCUCUUGUGUCGGGUCCUACAUGUGUUUUGUCGACCAAUGCAUCUGAGAAAGAGUACCCAGAGUUGCUUAAGAGCGUUGUUCAAACACUUGGCAAGAACAAGAAGCUUGUUCUCUUGGGUGGUAAACUCGACAACUCACUGCUCAACCAGGCUGACGUAACCCAGGUUGUACAGUUGCCCGGUCUUGAUAUGGUUCGGGCUGAAUUGCUUGGUACUAUUGAACAGCCUGCUCGCCAGAUCUUGGGCGUACUCGAGUCACCAGCCAAGCAGUUGCACAGUGUACUGGAUAGACGUGUGUAAAAUUAAUAAAGGAGAUUAAUAAAAAUUC